CAUGUUGCCUGGCACUUCAGUCCUCUCGGGUCUCAACUAUAACACUGCUUGCAUGCAUUGCUCUCAUGAACUUCAGGCCGUAAACAGUGGUCCUCGUGUCACUAGGUAGUUAUAACACUCAUCGAAAAAGUAAUGAAUGCGCGCAGGACUGUGAACCGUUUUGGUGUUUUUUGGAAUCUCUACAUAAAUUGUGCACUGAAUAACUAAAUUUCGUGGCAGUACAAGAGAAAUUAUACAUAGAGACGAGAGGUACAGAGGACAUGACCUGCACCGACGAAGACAGCAUCAAGCAACAGCCCUUUAGAUCAUCAGAAGACAAGCCUAGCCCCAGGAUUGUGAAGUAGAAGAGCUCUCAGAACCUACUAUAAAGUAUACUACAAGAAGAAACAGGAACGUGUGGAAGAUGGCGUGGCUGGUGGAGGCAACGACAGUUCUCCUGGCCAUUACAAGUGCCCAAGCAGAUUCUCCCAUCUUGAGCAAGACGGAGGAGCUACGACAGAAGCUUCUGAAGAACUAUGACAAGUACGCCCUUCCUCAGCGUGACACUAACGGCACCACCACCGCCUACUUCGACUUGAUACCUCUGGCCAUGUGGAUCGAAGAGGACAAGCAAGUAUUCCAAAUGAACGCCUGGAUUGAAAUGGCUUGGCAAGACCCGCGCCUCACCUGGGACUACAAGGACUAUGGUAACACGAAAGAAAUUCACUUUGCCGAGGACGAGCUCUGGCACCCAGAAGUCUACCUCUACAACAACGCAUACGUCACUGAGGUUGACCACUACAGCAGUAUUGGGUCCAUUGUAAACAGCAAUGGAACAGUGUCAUGGAUUGGCACAGGUGCCUAUAAGUCAGAGUGCCCCCUAGACGCCACUCACUGGCCCUACGGCACUCAGACUUGCGAGCUCUUCUUCGGCGCCUGGACCUACCAUGGAUGGCAAGUCGACUUACAGCUGUCUAAGAAUAAAACACAGAUAAUACCCAGCUUUCUCAUGAACUCCGGCCACGCGUGGCACUUUGACAAAGGCAGCAUUAAGCGGACGCAGCAUACCUUAUCUUGCUGCCCCCAGCCCUACGUCAUGCUCCAGAUGGAGAUCACCAUGUCCAGAGUCUUCCCAAGCUUCACCUCCACCGUCGUCAUCCCGGCCUGCGUGAUCUCUGUGCUGACGCUGGUGCAGUUCCUGCUUCCCCUGCGAGAACCACGGAGGCUGACGCUGGGGUGUGUCAGUCUGCUGCUGACACUGAUCGUCCUCCUCUACCUGGCCAUCUCCCUCCCUCACCUCGCCUUCUCCGUCCCCAUUAUUGUGAAGUUCUACGGGCAGACUCUAGCGGUGAUUGUGGUGAGCGUUGGGGUGAACGCCGGCCUCCUGCGUCUGACGGACGGUCGUCAGCCUUCCGUCACUUCGACGCCACCACCGGCACUGCUCAAGAAUAUCCUCACUGGUCCCCUCGCCUCUGUCCUCUGUCUACAGCAUUACGCUGAGAAGGUUGGUCUGAGCGGAGGCGGGGCUGAGGACGGAGAGGUCCUGGAGGAGACCCGUCCUGCAUCCUACCUCCAUGAGUGGCUGCUGGUGGCCGCCACCCUCGACCGCCUCGCCGCCAUCACCUUCGUCGCCGCCUUCGUCAUUACUCUCAUCGCCUACGUCGCUCCCGUCUGAUCUUACACUCCCAGACUACGUUCAUGUUCGGCUGUAGUAAUUAUCUACAUUACUGAUGCAACAGCCAAAGAGCCUCGUGUGUCUACUGUAAUUCAUACACAUAUUAGCCUGAAUAUAUUCGUUUAUCUCGACACAAUCAUGUUAAUCACAAAAGCCAAAGAGAAACCUUUUUAAUUUCUCUUGGACAUUUAUUUGAAAUAUCACACAUUGGAAAUUUGUUGGCUUACAUUUUGUUACGUAUUUCCAUAUAUAUUUGGCAUUAUUAUUAACAGAAUCAGCUGAAUGUUAUUCUGAGCUUACGCAGCUGCGAAAAUUGGACGGAAUGUAAAUAAAUUAACGCUGUAAAUAAAGUUUAAGAGGC